GCCAUAUAAACAGACCUAAAUAGCUCCAGUGUAUCUGACGCGUUGUCAGGAAUUCAUUCAAGUGCGGGUUUUUACAUCAUAAGCAGAUCACAAGCGCGUUUAUAAACAUGGGAAACCCCAGAGUUUUCUUUGACAUCACUGUUGAUGGCGCCAACGCUGGCAGGAUUAUAAUGGAGCUCAGGGCUGAUGUGGUCCCAAAGACUGCAGAAAACUUCCGUGCUUUGUGCACCGGAGAGAAAGGUUUCGGCUACAAGGGUUCCACCUUUCACCGCAUCAUCCCCAAGUUCAUGUGCCAGGGUGGAGACUUCACCAACCACAAUGGAACUGGAGGCAAAUCCAUCUACGGAGAGAAGUUUCCUGAUGAGAACUUCCAGCUGAAGCACAUCGGCAUGGGGACCCUGUCCAUGGCGAACGCCGGGCCCAACACCAACGGAUCCCAGUUCUUCAUCUGCACAGCCUCAACUGACUGGCUGAACGGGAAGCACGUGGUGUUUGGCAGCGUUGUGGAGGGCAUUGAAGUUGUCAAGGCGAUAGAGAAGCACGGCACAAAGAGCGGCACUCCAAAAGCCAAGGUUGUUAUUGCUGAGUGUGGUGAACUAAAAUAACUCAGUUCAGUCUGUUCUCCUUUAUCAUCCACAUCCCAGUUAAUCUGUAAGAUGGUGCAUAUCUGCGGAAAAUCAGUAGAAAAAAACCCAAUGAAUCCAAACUCUCCUCUAAAAGUGUUUGUCUACUGUGUUUAUUUGUUGUGUUAUAUUUUGUACCUUCUAAUCUGUCCUUUAAGGACCCCAUUUGUUAACAAAAUCUGAAUAAAAUAACGAUGAUGGUGUAAAUAAAGCAACUUGAAAGCCUG